GUCUGACUCCCACUCGUCACAUCGGGAGCUUGGGAGAGAGAAGCAGACGCUGUAACAGCUCCGAGUGCACAACUUAAACACAUGUAAAUCGGCAGCGGAGGAGAAUCCAGAAGAAAUCGUACUUACAACAGUGAUAAAUACACGGAUUUACAAAUGGCCACUGAUCAGUGAGCGGCGACGGGGAUGGAAACACGGUGAGAAGUUGCCGGAUGCGGGUGGUCGUGCGAGCGCAGCCGGCACCGACAGUGAAAACUCGUGGAAUGUGUGACAACCCAUCAUGUGGCAUCACCGUGGCUGCCCCCUGCUCCAUAACGUGUCCCUCUGAGCUGUGACACUUGGGGCUGACAGACUGCUGCCACAAUGACACAGAUGGACUACAAAUACAGCCUGCUGGGCUCGGCCGUGGACGACUACCGCAAGCGGCCCCUGCUCCUGCAGGUGGAGGACGCGCCCAUGAACCCGUUUGCGGUCAUGGAGGUGAAACGGGAUCUGCUGAGGAGCUGGACGACCCAAAGCUACUUCAGCAAGAUCCGGCUUUACAGCUUCAUCGUCGGACUUGUCGUCACAUUCCUCAUCAUGACUUCAUACCUUCUGACAGGAGACAAGAAGGGACUCUUCCUCACCCCGUCACCUUACCACUACAGCAGCCUGGUCAGCCCCGGCCCUUUUGCCUUUAACCUCUCCUCAGUCAAGGACUACGCACACAUCAAGCUAGUGGUCAAGUCCAUCACAUCCAAGUUGGACUUUCACAGGAGUCGACAGAUCCCAGAUGUUAAGGCACUGGUUAACAGUGAGCCACAUAUGUUUUCCGUCAUCCCCCACAAAUUCCUUCCUGGUGUCAAGAACCCUUGUUGGUAUGAGGAAUACACGGAGAAUAUCACUUUGGACCCAUACAGGGCUAACUUGUACGGACGCUACACGAGGCGCUUCCGGGCCGAGUUUCUGCAAUUGAGAAUCACUUUCAGAGAGCACUUGUUGCACCGCAAUGGGAAACUCUACCGCAUGCGGUGCCUUCCUUACUUCUAUAUCAUUGGCCAACCAAAGUGUGGCACAACAGACCUGUACGCCAGACUGAGUCUGCACCCGGAUAUUUUUACCACAUUUAAAGAGCCGCACUGGUGGACCCGCAAGAGGUUUGGCAUCACCCUUUCGAACGAGCGCUUCCGUGAUCAAUACCCAGUGGAGAGCUACCUGGACUUGUUCGAUAAAGUUGCUGACCAAAUCCAGGGCAAACCCAUGGCAAACGCCAGUGGAAGGCCCAGCCAUCCCAACAUCAUCACAGGAGAAGCCAGUGCAUCCACCAUGUGGGAUAACAGAGCCUGUAAUCAUUACUAUGACAACACCACAGAGCCUCCCUUCCUUAUCCAGGACUUCAUUCACGCCCUGCAGCCCGAUGCCCGCUUCAUCGUUAUGCUCAGGGACCCAGUGGAAAGGUUAUACUCUGACUACCUUUAUUUUGGUAAUGCCAAUAAGUCCGCAGAGGAUUUCCAUGUGAAGGUGUCCGAAUCACUGCAGAUAUUUGAGCGGUGCCUUACAGAGAACACAAUGCACUUGUGUGUGUACAACUAUACUGUCUUCAAUGCAAUGCCAGUCAGAUUGACCAUUGGCCUGUACAUAGUGUACUUAAUGGACUGGCUGACUGUCUUCAGCAAGAAGCAGAUUCUGGUUCUGAGGUUGGAAGACCAUUCAUCCAAUAUGAAAUACACAAUGCAAAAAGUCUUUGAUUUUCUUAACCUAGGGCCAGUGACAAAAGAAAAAGAAUCAGAAAUCACAUGGAGUCCAGCGUCAAACACCAGGAAGCAGGCUGACAAAGACCUGGGUCCCAUGCUGCCCAUCACUAGAGAGAUCCUGCAAGACUUUCACAUGCCGUUCAAUGAGAAAUUAGCCCAAGUGCUACAGAAUGACUCCUUCCUCUGGGAGGACAGACUCUGAAAAAGCCACCUUCCUUCACUUAAAAAGGGGGAGGGGGGGAGAACUCAUGUGUCCGCCAUGUUUUUGAAUGUGCCCAUGAAAAAUCAAUGUUUUCUAUUAAAAUAAUUUUUAAGUUACAAAUGCGGAGAUGACUCAAACAGCACAAGAGAGAAUGGCCAUUUUUCGGUGAGUGAGGUUUCUUGUCUGUGACUAGGUGUAAAGAAUUCAAUAGUGGAUUCAUACAUACUGUACAUACAAAACUGAGUUGUCUACAUUGAAGCUUGGCAUAAUCGCUUUAAAAAUAGAAUUGAAAAGACGACAACGAAUAGUUCAUUGUCACUCUUUUUAUCCAAUACAGCAGGAAUCCAAGCAGAGACUUUCGCUGCCCUCACCAUAAUCCAUUUACUAUCCACUACUGCCCUCUACUGGCAAAUACAUGUCAUUGGCUGAUAAUCAGCUGUGUGUCUGAUCACAUCUUCACAAUGUUUAUACUCUGUAAAACAAUCAUCAACAACACUGAGUAAUCAGCAACAACCUUUAAUCUUGAACCUAAAUCUUUAACGGUCUGAUGUUUUAUCACAAUAAUUAACAUCAAAUGAUUUGCAACUUUGUUAUUGUGAUAUUGUGAUGACAUUUUAUCCAUAUUGCUCAGCUCUAAUUAGAAAUGACAGUGAUUGCGAUUGCAAGGCCACUACAUCUGUUAAAUUAAUUAAAAGUUAAUUGAAGAAAUUAAA